AUGGAUAAUCAUUAACAAGGUGGUAGCUUAAAGGACUAAAGGAGGACAGGCACGGUAUCAUUUGUGCUGUCAAAGGUUUAUGAUGAGGCUUGAAAUCGCUCUCCAGUUGGCUCUCGCUGGCCUCUGUCUAGCUCUGGCACUUCUUGGGGAAGGCAUGGCUAAUCCUGAUCCGCCAGCUGUGGACUGUGCAUGGAGUCGUUGGUCAGGGUGGAGUUCUUGUGAUCCUUGCACAAAAACCAGAAGGCGUUCUCGAAGUACAGAAGCAUUUGGCCAGUUUGGAGGUAGAGCCUGCCAGGAAUCGAUAGGAGACAGGGAGUUCUGUGUACCUGAUGGUCAAUGCGAGCUACCGCCUCCCCGUGCGUGCUCAGACUCAGAGUUCCAGUGCGAGUCAGGGUCUUGCAUUAAAAAGAGAUUAAUGUGCAACGGAGACUAUGACUGUGAAGAUGGAUCAGAUGAAGACUGUGAGACAGCGCGUAAACCCUGUGGCUCGGCAGUCCUUGACAGCAAUGAGCAAGGCAGGACAGCAGGAUAUGGAAUCAACAUCUUGGGUACAGAUCCUCGAAUGAACCCGUUCAACAAUGAUUACUUCAAUGGGAGAUGUGAUCGAGUGAGGAAUCCAAACACUGGGACGUUUGACAGGCUGCCCUGGAACGUCGGCGUGCUUAACUAUCAGACGUUAGUGGAGGAAACAGCUUCGAAAGAACUCUUUGAAGACACUCACAGCCUUCUGCGUGAAAUCCUCACUGAGAUGAGUGUCAACAUUGAUGCUGGUCUUUCUUUCAAAUUCACCCCAACUGAGGGGUCUUUGUCGAAUACUUCUCUAAAUGUUGACCUAUCGGGUCAGUAUGAGAAGAAAGAAAUGAUUAAAACGGUCACCGAAAACACCAAAAUUAAGAACAACAACUUUAUGCGGGUGAAGGGCAAAGUUCAACUGAGCACCUACAGGAUGCGCUCCCGUGAGCUCAAAGUAGCAGAUGAAUUCCUGGUGCAUGUCAAAUCUUUACCUUUGCAAUAUGAGAAGGGAAUUUAUUUUGCCUUCCUGGAGGACUAUGGAACCCAUUACACAAAAAAUGGGAAAACCGGCGGUGAAUACGAAUUGAUCUAUGUCCUCGACCAUGACACCAUUAAGCAAAGAAAUAUGACGCAGAGAGACGUUCAAGACUGCAUCACAUUAGGCAUUGAAGGAGGCCUCAGUUCCACACUUACGACGGACAGUAUAAGCGGACACCUUAAGCCUAAACAUUGUGAUAAUAAAUCAAAUAUGGACGAAGGUAAGGCUGAAGGAAAAGCUAUGGUGGAUGAGGUGAUGACAUCAGUCAAGGGAGGUACCCUACUAAGUGCUGUUAGUAUGAGGGCUAAACUAAAUAGGGAUGGAGUGAUGGACCUUGCAACAUAUCAGGAAUGGGCUCGGACCAUCACAGAGGCCCCUGCAUUGCUGCACAGUGAGCCAGAGCCCAUCCACAUGUUAAUUCCACUGGAAAUCCCAGGCGCUAACUCCACGAUAUCAAACUUGAAGCGGGCUAUUGCAGAGUAUGUGGCAGAAUAUAACGUAUGCAAGUGCAGGCCCUGUCAAAAUGGAGGCACUCUUACUCUGCUGGAUGGAAAGUGUAUCUGUCUGUGCUCGCAAUUGUUUGAAGGCGCCGCUUGCCAGACUUACAAGCGUGAUAGAAUUCGUGUCCAAGGUACAAGGCCGGCUGUUGUUCAUGAAGGUAACUGGUCUUGCUGGUCUGCCUGGUCCAACUGCAGUGGAGGGAAACGCACCAGGACACGUGGCUGUAACACAGAUGGUGUCCCGGGAGCUGCGUGCAGUGGAGACAGAAACAGUGAAGAGUACUGCUAAUAGCAAAAGAACUAAAUUAGGGAGUUUCUUUCACAAUCUUAUUCUCUCUGAUACAUAUAUGGCACAAACAAAAUCUUAAGGCAUAUUUUUGACAUGUCAAGAUGUAAAAAACAUGUUAUCGGGAUCUAAAUUAAACAUUUAGGUUCAAA